AUGGCAGCUGCAGUUCUAUCUUGCUGCUCCGCCCUUACUUCCAGACUGAACAAUCUCUCCAUUACCGCCACCACUUCUUCUUCUCUUCCAUCUCAAUCAAAGUCCAUCAGAUGCCUGUCGAUGAGGCCAGUAGAAUGGUCUGUUCGCCGUUCUUCAGUUGUUUGCGAGGCUGCACCGGGCAGGAAGGCCGAUUCGGCGGUCAAGAGAGCUCGCCAGGCCGAGAAGAGACGCGUUUACAAUAAAGCGCGCAAGUCUGAAGUCAGAACCCGGAUGAGGAAGGUGUUGGAAGCACUAGAUGAUUUGAGGAAGAAACAAGAGCCACAACCCGAGGAGGUGCUUCCAGUUGAGAAACUAAUUGCAGAAGCCUAUUCGGUGAUCGACAAAGCUGUGAAAGUCGGGACGCUGCACAGGAACACAGGAGCACGCAGGAAAUCACGGCUUGCCAGGACUAAAAAGGCUGUCGAGGUUCAUCAUGGCUGGUACACUUCUUCCCCUGCCCCUGCUGCAGUUGCCAGCUAAUGGAGAUCUGAUUCUGGGUUUUGACAUUGAGAGGGAAGGGAAGUGAGAAAGUUGUUUUCCUUUUCCUGCUUGUCUGUGUUAUUUUUUGUCACUAUAAUU